AUGAGUGGUGACCCCCGUAAAGGAGACUUAAAACUUAGAAGCAUGCGGGUUACUAGUGCAAUGUCGUAUUUUUCUUGGUGGCCUAUGCUUUUGCAUCUUGGUAGCAAGCGGCGGAUCAAUUCAAAUGCCUCCUUAACUGUGUCUUUGGCACAGACUCCUUACUGCAAGAAGCACAGAUAUGAUCCCCAGAAUCCCCUCUGUGCCCACAUAAUCUUCUGUGGGAGCAUUGUAAAGGUGAAUGAUUCAGAAGCGGGCUUAGCAAAAAAAGCAUUAUUCAGUCGCCACCCUGAAAUGGAAAGUUGGCCUAAGGAUCAUAAUUGGUUCUUUGCCAAAUUCAACAUCACCAAUAUUUGGGUCCUGGACUACUUUGGUGGAUUGAAAAUUGUGACACCAGAAGAAUAUUAUAGCGUCAAGCCUUAG